ACAGUGCUGUGCAAUGAUAGCUCAGAGACUGAGGAAGAGGUGCCAGGCUCUGCUGUGGCAAACAUGUUCGGCAAAUGUACAGAUUGGGAGAAAAAAGACCUCUUUAAGGGUUGCAGCAGCCAUGAUGGAGCAAGAGAAGAAACUUAAGCCUUCCACCCACCUUCCAGGUCCCAGUACCCUCAACAUUCUGUACUGGGUUUUCCUACGAGGAUAUGUUUUUCAUUCCCAUGAGCUACAGGUGAUUUGGAAGAAAAAGUAUGGACCACUGUGGAAAACUUGUAUAGGAAGCCACCGGCUAGUGAAUGUGGCCAGUCCUGAGCUCCUGGAAAACUUGCUCAGACAAGAGGGAAAAUAUCCCAUGAGGACAGACAUGUUCAUGUGGAAAGAACACCGUGAUCUCAGAAAUUUUUCGUACGGGCCUUUAACCGAAGAGGGGCAUCGGUGGCACACUCUUCGCAGGGUGUUAAACCAAAGGAUACUGAAACCAAAAGAAGCCACACGCUAUACAGAGUCCUUCAAUGAUGUGGUUACCGAACUGCUAUAUCCCUUUAAGGAAAUUACAGCACAGAGUCCAAGUAGAACAAUGGUGGAUGGCGUUUCCACUCUCAUGUAUAAAUUUGCCUUUGAAAGUAUCUGUACUGUGUUAUUUGAGACUAGGAUUGGCAUCUUGAAGAAAGAGAUUCCACCUGAGACCCAGAACUUCAUAAACUCAUUUGCAAUUAUGCUUGAAAACUUGACUAGGAUGGAAAGACUUCCACGCUGGACAAGGGGAAUAUUUCCUUACUGGAGACGCUUUGUGGAAGCAUGGGAUACCAUUUUCAUAUAUGGGAAGAAACUGAUAGACAAGAAAAUGGAAGAAAUUGAGGGUCGUUUGAAGCGAGGGGAGGAGGUUGAGGGUGAGUAUCUCACUUACCUCCUCUCCAGUGGGAAACUCAACAUGCAGGAGAUCUGUGGGAGUGUGGCGGAACUGCUCCAGGCUGGGGUAGACACAACAUCCAACACAUUGACGUGGGCUCUAUACCAGCUGGCAAGAAAUCCAGAAAUCCAGCACAAUCUACACCAGGAGAUCAUCAGUGUUAUUCCAGGUGAAACCAUCCCAGACAGUGAGGCUAUUACCAGAAUUCCCUUACUGAAGGCUGUGAUCAAGGAGACCCUCCGUCUGCACCCCGUGGUACCAGAAAAUGGCCGAGUUGUAACAGAGAAAGACUUGAUUCUUAAUGACUAUGUUAUUCCAAAAAACACUCAAUUUCUCCUGUGUCACUACGCCCUCUCUCGAGAUGAGACCCAGUUCCCUGAGCCUGACAGAUUCCUGCCUGAGAGAUGGCUGAGGAAUUCAGGGAUAAAGCAACAUCCCUUCAGUUCUAUUCCCUUUGGGUUCGGGGUGCGAGCCUGUGCUGGACGACGGAUUGCUGAGUUGGAGAUGCACCUGGCUUUAUCUAGGAUCAUACAGAAGUUCCAGGUGGUACCUGACCCUGAGCUGGGAGAGGUGGGGACAAAGAACCGAACAGUCCUUGUAUCAAGUCGACCAAUCAACCUCCAGUUUAUUGAACGUCAGUAAGAGAAUAGGAAAGACCAUGCAUCCUGUAUAAUUUAAUAUAAUUUCAAUAAAAAGUGAAUUCUUGGACAUAAAGCACCUGGGCAGGAAAGCUGGAGGCCCACAAGUUCUGAAGCCUAUACUUAAAUAAGUGAUGCUUUUCCUAUUCCAUUUAUCCCAGCAAGUUGAUCUUAGGCCACAAAGGGCCUCUGUAUUUUAAUGUUCACAAAUCAGAUUGACAUAGGGGCCCCAAAUAUGUGUAUAUGUGCCACUGCAGGCAUUAUGCAUCUCCCACAUUUUAUAGUUGCUGGCUAAAAUCCUGUGUUGUCUGGCACACUCACUGGAGGAAUGGACAAUUGUUUAUUUUUUGUCAAUGCUGUGGCAUGGAUCUCUAUUGCAGACUAAAACUGUAAACAGAAAUGAAUAUUCCUGUUUUUCAGUAAUUUUAAUGGUAACACUGAAUACACACUAUAGGGACAUUGACAUGCAAUACAAUUCAGACAAACAUUAAAUGCAACCUGGGCAGGGUUCACACAAGUCAGUGAUUCCAGAUAAAGCAGACUUUUGAACAUGACUGUGUAUCAAGCAAACAGAUCCUCCAAAGGUUAUACUGUAGGUAGAGUAAGUGAGAUUGGAAUAGAAUUGUUACCUGUGGUGGGAGGUGUCAUGGACUGACUCCCUUUAUUUAUUACAGUUUAGAUUAGUCAGGCAGUGUUGUGCAAUGAUAGCUCGAAGGCUACGGGCCAAGGCCCAAGCUCUGCUGCAGAAAUCAUGCCAGGCUAAUGUACAAACUGUUUGAAAAAAGGCUACUUUGGGGGUUUCAGGGGCCACAAUUUCAGGGAAAGAAGACAUUGGAUGACCCCCCUGGCCCCAGUUCACUUAAGCUUUUGUACUGGAUUUUCCUGGGAGGCUACUUGUUUCAUACCCAUAAGCUACAGGUAAUAAAAGCAAAGUGCUAAGUUAUUAGGCAAGGGCUGGAAGAGCCUCCCAGAUUUAGGUGCAACAGAGGACACUCUUGAUUUUGCAAUCAAGCCUGACUGCACAGUUGGCAAGAAAUAUGUUUAAAAAGUUAAAAAAAAAGUAAUGAGGGAAAGACUGGGAAACUGUCCCAGGAAAGGGAUCAUAGCCUUUUAGUAAAUAAUGUAAAAUUAUGUUCCUUUUGCUUUACUGAAAGUGACAUUAUAUUCAAUGUGUAGAGUUCAUAAUAGAAGAUGCCUAAGGCAAACUGCCAUACAAUCAACUUAAUGCAUAGGUUCCAUAUUUUUUAUGCUUUGUGUUAUUGAUGCUGUUUUAACAACCAUUACUUAAAGUGUUAUAGUACAUGA